CUGCCAUUUUGAAUGAGUCCCGUCUCCUCGGGGGAGCGGAACCAAAGAGCGGAACCCGGACGCUUUCCAUGUCAACACCUCCUGUUUGUGUUCCUCUGCUUUCGCCAACCAGGAAGAUGGAUUCGCCGUCGACCCGAUGUCUGUUUCACCUGCUCGUUUGUUGGCUCUUGGUCGGUGUCGGCUGUAGUUCCGUGGAAAAGAAGAUUUAUGUGCAUCUCAACUACACCGUACCGUGUGUGCGCCUGCUGAAUGCAACCCACCAAAUAGGCUGCCAGUCCCAUUUGUCGGGUAACGUGGGCGUGCUCCAUGUGCUGGAGUCAGAGGAAAACCUGGACUGGGUCCUGCGCUCUGGUCUCAACCCUCCUUACCUGGUGAUCCUGGAGGCGGCGCUCUUCAGCAGGUCCAUCAUGAUGAAGCUGAAGGCCGGCUCCAGCAGAGUGGCGGGCGUCGCUGUCGUGGCGCCAAACGCGCGCCCGCCCGGGGCCAUCUCCCCGCACACCAACUGCCCCAACGACAACACGGGCGUGUACACGGAGAAGUACGACCCCGCCCUGGCCCACUGUAACGUGACGGUGUGGAACCCUCUGGGGAGCGGCUUGUCGUACGAGGAGUUCGACUUCCCCAUCUUCUCGCUGAAAGAGGACAACGACACCCAGGUCAUACGGCAGUGCUACAUGGACCACAACCGCGCCGCCAACGGCAGCGCGCCUCGGCACCCGCUGUGCGCCAUGCAGCUCCUCUCCCACAUGUCGGCCGUCUCCGACACGGCCACCUGCAUGCGGAGGAGCGAGUUCAGCUCCUUCAGCCUCAACCCAGGUCAAGAUGCGGUCUGCGACCCGUUGGCCGACAGCAACAUUUGGGCCUCCACUAAGCCUCUGAACAACACCGCCAAGGGCCACAAGGAGGGCGAGAGCGUGGUGGUGGCAGCGGCCAGGAUGGACAGCAGGUCCUUCUUCUUCGACGUGGCUCCCGGAGCAGAGAGCAGCGUCGCCGGGUUCGUCGCCCUGCUGGCGGCCGCGCACGCUCUCCGGAAUGUCACCCGGGAGGCUCCGCCCCCACGCAACAUCCUCUACGCCUUCUUCCAGGGGGAGACCUUCGACUACAUCGGCAGUUCGAGGAUGGUCUACGACAUGGAGAACAAGAACUUUGCCGUGGACCUGGACAACAUCCACUCUGUGCUGGAGAUUGGACAGGUCGGACUGCAGGUGAACUCCUCGCUGUGGCUUCACUCCGACCCCGUGUCCAGGAAGAACAGCAGCGUGGACGAAGAGGUGAAGAAGCUGCUGGAAAGCCUGCAUGCGGGCGCCGCUGGUCUGAACGUCUCGCUGGAGGAGCCUUCCUUCUCGCAGCCCCUCCCGCCCUGCUCCUUCCAGCGCUUCCUGCGCGCUCGUCCGAUCCCGGGCGUCGUCAUCCAGGACCACCAGUCGUCUUUCACCAACAGGUUCUACGAGAGCAUGUUCGAUAACGGCGAGUACCUGAACAUCUCUUACCCACCCGACCUGACGCCGGAGGAGCAGCUCCAGUUUGUCACCGCCACCGCCACGGCUCUGACGGAGGUGGCCACCAUGGUCGCCCGCUCCCUGUACGUCCAGGCGGGAGGAAAUGAGGCCCAGCGCAGCAGCAUCAACGCCGACCCUCAGACGGUGACCCGGAUGCUGUACGGAUUCCUUGUCCGGUCCAAUAACUCCUGGUUCCAGCAGAUCCUCCCUUCUGAAUAUACCGGCGCCCUCGCCGACCGGCCCGCGAACCUCUACGUCGGCGUGGUGCAGCAGAGCAGCGAACUGACCAUGCUGGUCCAGCACCUGCUGGCUAACCUGACCGGCACCACCCCGAACAUCACGCAGGAGAACUGCAAGAUCCAGAGGGAGAACGAGCAGGACAAGGAGAGCAAACACAUGUUCAACUACUUCUGGGUUCAAGGAGCGGCGCCUGCCAACGGCACGGAGAGGGAGGGUUUCUGCACGCGCUCCACGGCCCACCGCUCCUUAGCGAUGUCGCCGGCCUUCGAGCUGCGGGAGUACACCUCCAAAGAUUACUCCACGUGGACCGAGUCCCGCUGGAAGUCCAUCAGCGGACGCAUAUUCCUCGUGGCGAGCCCCGAACUGGAGAUGUUGACGCUGGGCUUGGGCCUCGGCGUGCUGCUGACGUCUCUGCUGCUGACCUACGCCAUGAGCUCGAAGGUCGACAUCCUCUUCAGCUCGGGGAGGGAGCCCGCCAACGCCACCUACUAAUCCAGACCGAGGCGGCGGCGGCGCCGCCCUCAAAAACCACUACUGCUACUACUGCUACAAUCCCAACCAGACAUGGACAGACAAACCACGAGUAGGUACACCGGUUAGAAGACAGCAGCAGAGGUUUAUUAUUGUUAUUAUUGUUUUUUUAAGAAGGCGACAACUCCAUGUCCACGGACUCGCUGAGGCGUGACACGGGAACCGCGCCGGAGACUCAUCGGGGUCAAAAAACACCGGUCGGGCCGUGUCGGUGGAAAAGAUGUUCAUAUUUCUUGUGUUCGUUCUCUCUUGCUAUCGUCAAAGAAGGUUUUUUUUUUUUUUUUUUUUUUUUUUUUAUAAUCACGGUGUCGCGGGAUAGGCGCCCAACAACAUCGAGCAUUAUUUUGACCGGGUUUCCGAUUUAUGAAAAUGUAAAAUGAGAGAGAGAUCAAUUGUGUUGGGACAGUGAUGUGUGUGCGCUUUGUAUGAGGAUUGCUUUGGUGUGUGGAACACUGCGGCUUCCGUCGGUGUAGUUUAACUUAUCAAUCAGUUUUAAGAAGGAGGAGGAAAAAAGAAAAAAAAAACGUUUUUAGUUGGUGAACAAUUGGUUAAAUUUAAUGCUUUUGCAAAAUCUGAACCAGUGCGGUGAAGUAUUUUGAUAAGCUUUAGUGGGAUUUUGACAACAAUCCUGAAUAUUUAUAUUUUUCACUCCCAGUGCACACACAACUGCACGUGCAUGUAGUGGCAGAGCCGCUGCAGUGUCACAUGUGGGGGGGGGGAUGUUUGUGUGUGAGAGAAGAGGAAUCCCCCCCCCCCCCGAGGAACCCCACCCUGGCGGACAAACACUUUAUUCCAUAUCGACCAGCUGCUUAAAGGAGACGUCAAAUCCAGUCCAAAAAUCAUGUGUUUUGCCACAGAAAGACGCGCUGGUACUGUGGCCGUGAUUUUGUUUCUAUGGUAACUUUUAGUUUAAAAGGUGCCGUUUAAUUGUGUUGACACUCACAAAAAGUUUUGAAUUCUGUUGUAAUUUUAGUAGCUG